AACCCUAUUUAAGCUACCCAGAAGGCAAAUGAUUCUCAUCACAAGAAAGGCUUCAUUUCCCUCUUUGUUUCUCCUUCGAACCCUUUCUCAUAAGAGAGAAAGGUUUCCUUCUUUUUUGGAGUUAAGUUUUGGAGAUUUGAUUAGACAUGGGUGCCUGCGCUAGUGUGCCAAAGGCAAUGAGGGAUGAGGCCUCUGCCCCACUUCCUGAACCAGCCAAGGAGGAGUCUGUUCAGGCUGAGCACACCCCUGAGGAAGUGAUGGUCGAAAAAGAGGACAAUGAAGCUGAUGAAAGCAAACAACAGUCUCUUAGUUCUUUGCUUGACGAGCCUGAAAAGACUGAGGCAGACAAGGAACCAACCGAAGCCCAGCAGCCCCAGGUAGAAGUUCCCGCAGAGCCAAAGCCAGAGGAAUCAAAACAAGAAGAAACAAAGGUAGAGGCCCAAAAGGAAGAACCAGAGGCUGAACCAAAGAAAGAAGAACAAAAGGAAGAGGCUAAGGAGGAAGAACCCAAGGUAGAGCCAAAGAAAGAAGAACCAAAAACUGAGGCACCAGCUGCCCCAGCGGAGGCCGAGGAAAAGAAGGAAAAGAAGACAGAAGCAAAGGAAUCUCAGUAACAACAUUGCAGUACCGAGAGGAAUUCUUGUUAAAUUCAUUCUAUGGGGAAAUGAGCUCUGUUUGUGAGCUUAAUUGUGCAAUUCUACUAACUAUUAUUGUAGGAUGAUGUUUUGUUUCUAUAGGGAGUGCCCUGUUCGAUCUUAACUGCAUAUGUAAUUCAACCAGGGGCUUCCACACUUGGUUUUGGUCUCUCUUUUUCUUUGAUUAAGUUGUUCUUAUUCUCAAUAAAUUAAUGUCGUUGAAAGA